UCACACACUAAUGGUAUCAUAUACCAUUCUAGGCAGCCUCUAACAUGAGCCUUAAUUCGAAAAGGGUAGCAUAUUUUGAGAAAAAAUUGACCAAAUCAUACGUCGAAAAUGAUGAUUUCAUCCUUCCAAGUAACAUUCUGGAAUUUCUCCCAGACACUGACAAUGAAGCUGUUGUAAUUUUUGAAAGAGGUGCGUAUAACAUGAAAUACAAAGUUGGUGCACAUACGCGCCUGUAUCAAGGAUGGAAAGAAUUUAUAGAUGCUAACAGAUUGAGGACAAGGGAUGUAUUGUGUUUCAAGGCCUGUGACGCUGCUAACGACCGGAUAGCCUUCCUUAUUAAUAAAAAGCAGGAGAUCAUAGAGAUAGCUUAGAUUAGGUCUCCGUGUUUUCAAUUUAAGUAAGGUUUAUGUUGGUGCACAUGUAACACCUUUGCUUUCUAAAUAAAAGGGAUUUCAUUCAUAACUUCCAACUUACAUUAAACACAAAAUAAAAGAAAACUACAAAGGACUUCCUAACAUACAUUAACCACAACACAAAAGAAAAGGGAAAA